AUGCUGGACGCGAACAGCCGCUGCACAACGUGGGAUCUGACGGUGAUUUCUGAGUGUAUUGGAAAUCAAACCCGUGUGGAUGUACCGUGGUGCGCCUAUGGACUGGACGCUUCUGGCACGACACGAAUCGCGACAAAUUCCGCAAUCUCCAAUUUUCCUCCCUGUCAAUGUUCGGCGCGACAUCCUCAUCUUCGUGAAUUACCUCGUCACGUCACGGUGGCCUAUGAAAAAGAGACACUUCGAAAGCUGGUGCGCUUGGCACUGGCUCAGCACGGGCAGCCUGAGUCACUUGGCGAGGUUGGGCAUGGGGGCGAGGUGCGUGUCGGAGCUUGGGAGACGCAACGUGCGAGCAACCUGGACGGCGAUGUUGGCAGCAGAAGUCGAGAUUGUCACCGAGAUCGUCACGUGCAGUUUCAAUAUCCCACGGAGCAGGCAGAGAAGGCUAAGCGCCGAAAACAGCAGCUGAAAGCGUCGGGCGUGGAGCGUCCGAAGCCAGUCUCUGCCAAAUCUGUGCAACAACAUUGGGACGAUUGCGGUGAAGACACUACGAGUAUUGCCUUAUUCGAGCACGAUUGUAUAGAUGACUCCUUACCGGAACCCGAAUUCAAUGAUCGUGUGCUGGACUACUUGUACGAGCUUUACGUGGACAAGAACGCUUCAAAACGGAGAGGUUCUUUACCGGAUGGUGUGGCUAUCAUGGAGAUCUUCGGCGGCGACGCUACAACGAGUCGACUAGUGGUGCGUAUUCAUGGUCUUCGUGCGGGCCCGAACAUCGAACGAGAGUGCGGCUUCGACCUCAGCACCAAUCAGGGUGUGGCGGCGCUUUGGACUUGUUUGCGAGCGGUCAAGCCUCAACUGGUACUCAUGGGUCCCCCGUGUACUGGACUCAAGGGUUGGGCAGCACUCAACGCUCAGAUCAACCCUCAAGCUUGGCUUUCUCGACGGCAGCAGGUGCUUCCGUUGGCUCGCUUGGCAGCGCAGGUGGCUAUGUAUCAACUUGCACGUGGACGGCACUUCCUUCUGGAGCAGCCGCAAAGCAGCGAUAUGCUCAACAUGAUGGAAUGGAAACGUAUUCUCAGACAUCCCCAAGUUGAUUCCGUUCACUUCCAUCAGUGUCAAGUCGGACUACGUCUGCCUUCGCGACCCGAUGGCGUUGUGCGACCAGUCCAGAAGGCCACAACCCUGGUGGGCAGCUCGGAGCAUUUGCUUUGGCGUUUUCGUGGACGGCUUUGCCUUGGCUUACAUGAGCACGCGGUGCUUGGCCAGUGGACUCAACCGGGUGGCACGCCCAAGCCCACGGCGUCUCCUCGUGCUGCUCAAGUAUGGCCUCGGCAUUUCUGUCUGUUGCUGGCAGCCUCUGUGUAUGACCUGGUGCGGGCCAUGCAGGACGAUGCCGUCGUCGCCACAGCCACGACUUCAACUUCCUCCAGGUCUUCUUCUUCGCCUUCGCGGUGUUUUGUGGCAGGCAAGCGCUAUGAUUGUCCUGGCUGUCGCGGACACUUUCGCAAGGAUCAUCCUCGACAUACGCGCACUGGCGACUGCAAGCAUCCCGACGUCGAAGAGUGGCAGCUGGAUUGUCCUGGUUGCGUGCGGCAUCGCCAUCGUGGUCACAGCAGUCACACUUAUGGUCCUGACUGCCAAUGGCCUCUUAUCCCUGAACGUGCUGGUGCUGCUCGUGAACGCUCUGGUCAUCAUCCUCGUGACGGUCGACGGCCGGCUUCGGAAGACCCCACAAGUUCGGUGCGGCUUACUUCGCCUCCUCCGCCGGCCGCCGAGGGGCGAUCCGUCAACGACCAUGGCGAGGAAUUGGACCGCUUUCUCGACGAGCUCAACGACAACGGCGAUGGCGAACACGGCGAACAUCAGCAUGUGGAUUUGGACCGGUUUCUCGACCAAUUCGACAACGGCGAUGGCGAGUACGACGACUACGUCCCUGACUCGGUGGAUGCGGCGAACCCGAGUGGUGCAGACAAGACAACGCGUUCGAAACCUCACCGUCGUCGAGACGAAGGGACGCAAGCUGGACGCUCUGUUGUGGAACCAUCAGGUUCUCAUCGCGACCUGCGUGGACAUGACGGCAAUCGGCUACGACCUCCUCCUGAACCUCCUCCCGGCGGGCCACCAGGUGGUGACGACGGCGACGGCAACGACCACGAGGAGCAAGACGAUUGGGGCAGCUUCGACCUGGGCCGAGCGCUUGUGGAGCUUCGAUCGGUUCGACCCGGCGUUGUCCGGCGAGCGCUACGUCGAUUACAUCUGCGCUGGUACCAUGCGGGCACGACGACCAUGAAAAGGCUUUUAUCCUUGGCUGGUGUCCCCGCUUCCGUGACAAGUCAAGUUGGUACCGUCCUGGAAGACCAUAUGAUUUGCAGAUCGUGGGCGAGACCGGCUCCGAAGUCAGUGGCUACAUCCCGCAUCAGCGAACGCUUCGGGGAAGUCGUACAGUCUGACCUCCUUUUCUACAAGCGCAAGGUCAUCCUCCACGUGGUUGAUGAGACAACGCGGUAUUCGGUUGCAGUCUUAUUGCCGAACAAGUCCGAAGAGGCGAUCAAGGAAGGCUUUUCCAUGGGCUGGAUUCGUCACUACGGACCUCCUCAAAAGGUCAUUGCAGAUGGCGAGGGCGGCAUUAUGUCACUUGACAGCUGGUUUCAAUCACAGAAGAUUGAAUUGCGUCCUCGAGCUCCCGGUCAACACGCACAAUUGGCGGAACGGCACCACGAGGUUUUACGGCAACAGCUCCAUCGGCUUGAGGACCAAGCGGCUGAAGAGGGCGUCUCGAGUGGUUUCGAGGAGAUACUUACAGAGUCGAUUAUAGCCAAGAACAGCUUGACAUCGAUUGCUGGGUAUAGCCCAUUUCAGGCCGUACAUGGACGAACCCUUGAACUAUUGGAUUUGUCGGCAGAGAGGUUACCGCCAAAUCGACUGCGAGAGCUUGCAAUUUCCUCCAUGGUGGAGGCCACGGCGCGUGAGCGUGCCAGACGGGCUGAGCUGAGUAACACACGGCCUGCAGCCGAACUCGAGGAGUACAACAUCGGCGACGUAGUUGAGGUGUAUCGGCGUGGCGUCAGCAAAGAUGAGGCCUGUUGGCACGGACCGUGCCAAAUUACAGAUACAUCCUCGAUGAGCAGCGGCGUCCUUAGCGUGAAGUUUCAAGGUCGUGUGCUUCUAUGUCGUCUACAAGAUGUUCGUCGAGCUUUGGUAUACUGGUCUUUCUUGCAGCUUCCCCGUUUCAAUUCUCCGCUCACCAUUAUGGCCAUGCUUACCGAACAGUUGCGUGGAAAGGUACUUCGAUUGGGAUGGUUUCAGGCAAAUGGCACGUGGAAGGCUUUCGAGGGUAACCGACACCACGGCGAACUUCUCGAAGCAGCUCUUCAUGUGGCAUCCUUCUCUUUACAGCUGGACGGUUGCUUGCAAUUGCGCGUGGGCUCUGGCAUUCGCAGCUUGGAAGGAAUCGCCAACAGCGACGACUCCGUGCUUCUCAGUUGGCCUCUGGAACGUGUGGAACUUUGUGACAUCCUCUUCAUGCCCGGCUCCAACCGCGUUGGCUUGGACAGGAUCUACGAAGACACUUGGGCGAGAAGAGCUUUGGUCCAAUUCGUUCUUGAAGACGCGGACACGGUGCAGCGUGCAAGAGCGGAACGGGAAGACAUGGAUCACUUGGGGCCCAUGUUUGAUCGCCAGUGGCAUCGCGGACGGAUCAGACAAGUUCGAGCCUUGACGGACGGAUCCCCUGGACUUGCCUCAGGUGAUCUUCAGCAAGCAGCAUCUUCGGCAGCUACCUCAAGCCUACAGCCCGGCUCGCGUGUUGGAGGAACAGCUGACAGUCCCGCAGUUCCUGCCAGUGACCACGAGCACUCCGACGACGAAAACGAGGCCGCGCAGGACCAUUCGAGUCAAGCAGCUCAACUCACAGGCAGAGCUGUGGACGACUUGCAGAGCCGAGAUUCCGAACGAAGCCCGGCAACCGAUAUGGCAAGUUCUUAUGAGACUUCGGACAACUACGUGGACCCGGAUUCUCUUGAUGACGCGCCAUCGUUGGUCUUCCCAGGGUCUUUGGCUACGCUUUUCGGACUGUGCAGUCAGGAAGUUUCGGACGACCACGACGUGACGAUAUACUUCCUUUCCAACGGCUCGGUCCAUCAAGUCAUCGAACGUACAAACAACACCCUCACACGCGAGGAGGCAUUGCAGCACCCUGCGGAAUGCAAACAAGCCAUGAAAGAUGAGCUAUUACGGUGGCAGUAUCACAAAGCAUGGCGAAGAGUUCCCCGGCGAACUGCCACGAACUUGCUUCCCUCACGUUGGGUAUUGAAAUGGAAGAUCGUUGAUGGCAAGCGUAUUAUCAAGGCUCGACUCACGGUCCAAGGCUUUCGCGACAAGGAAACCACGGAGAACUACAGUGGAACAGCUACAAGGUGGACGCAGCGGCUUCUCUUGGCUAUCGCAGUGGAAAACAAUUGGCCGGUGGCAGCGGCUGAUGUGUCAGAGGCCUUUCUCAGGGGCCUCACCUUCGCAGAAGUUAGCAAGAUCACUGGCCAACCAUUGCGAUCAGUACAACUGCAGCUACCCGAUGGAGUUCAAGAAGUUCUUCGCGAUAUUCCUGGUCUCAGCGACUUGGAUUUUUCCGUAGAGGUGCUGGAGAUGGUUAAGCCUGGAUAUGGACUGAAAGACGCACCGCGUUUGUGGGCGCAAAGGCUUCGACGAUGUCUUCGUGAACUCAAUCUUCUUCCCCUGAAAGUCGAUGCGCAGGCCUAUGUCAUGCACGAGGGCAACAGCCUAGUAUGUAUGCUUACAGUACACGUCGAUGACAUCAAGCUGACCGGUAGCUUGGCAACCAUCGAGCGUGUGUUGGCGCGACUGCGCAAGAACUUCGACAAGGUGAAAGUGGAAAUGAAUGAGUUCGAGCAUUUGGGAUUGAAACACCGGAGAGUCAGUGAUGGCUUUACCAUAUCCCAAAGACAUUACAUCGAGCAGUUGCGUCCUAUUCCGGACAGUCUUUAUGUCCACGGCGGCUUAGACGACCCGGUCCCGACUUUGGCGAUGGAGUUGUUUCGCUCGCUGGUUGGUGGCUUGGCUUGGGCAGUGCAGACUCGUCCGGACACAGCUAUCUUUGUCAGCGCCCUUCAACGACAUCUUGCUCGACCUCUUCACAGGCAUUGCCGCGAUGCUAAUCGGGUAUUGUUGUACAUGCAGAGAAAACCCCUCGAUGUGCUUAUUCCUCGGAUUGGCAGCAAGUGGCGACUGCUUGUGAUAAGCGACUCUGCUUUUCAAGGCGUGGAUCACGAUCACUUGGCGGUUCGGUCUGGUGUUAUUGCUCUCGCGUCAGCAGAUGCAGCGCUACAUGGCGAGAUGAAGUUACAAGUGCUGGACACUGUCAGCAAGAAGCAGUCACGAGUUUGCAGGUCGACGCUUCAAGCUGAACUGCAUAGCGCUCUGGACCUCUAUGGACAAGCAGCGGUCAUGGCACACGGCAUCACCGAGGUUCUUGAAGGAUCUCAAACAGCCAAUGUGUUAGCACAACGCUUCGACGACGGGAAGCUGGCCAUCGAUAUGGAGCUUAUUAUUGAUGCGCGCUCAGUCGUGGAGGCGGUCGCUCCCGAACACAUUCGUAUUUCGGACAAGAUCACGGCCAUUCACUUACUGAAAUUGGCAGAGCACCUGGAGACGAAGCAGCUGAAAUGUCUUACGUGGAUUGACACCCGCGACAUGCUUGCCGAUGGCCUCAACAAGGGAGCAGUGGAACGUGAAGCCCUGCGCAUCCUUUGUGCAACCGGAAUCUGGAACAUCAAACACGAUGCUCAUACGAUAUCCCGACAGCCGUCGGCAGCUUUCUUGGUUACUUUGUCUUCGUGUUCUCUCGCCCUACAGUUUCAGUGA